UCCUUCCUUCCUUCCUUCCUUCCUUCCUUCCUUCCUUCCUUCCUCCAGAUGCCAAAUGCCCAGGGGACGUAGACCUCCAGAACAGUGACUGGGACAUCAAGACAAUUACCAGCUCUUUGAAGUUCUACCUCAGGAACCUCUCUGAACCUGUCAUGACAUACAAACUUCACAAAGAAUUGGUCUCAGCUGCCAAAUCUGAGAACCUGGACUACAGGCUGGGAGCCAUCCAUGCUCUGGUCUACAAACUCCCGGACAAGAACCGAGAGAUGCUGGAACUUCUCAUCAGGCAUCUGGUCCAAGUGUGCUCACACAGCAGGGAGAACCUGAUGACUCCAUCCAACAUGGCAGUGGUAUUUGGUCCCACACUUAUGCGGGCUCAGGAGGACACCGUUGCAGCAAUGAUGAAUAUCAAGUUUCAAAACAUUGUGGUGGAGAUCCUCAUAGAGCACUUUGACAAGGUAUGGCAGUUCCCAAGGCUUUCCCCGUGAAGCAUCAUUCUUCUGAAACAUUUAGA